UCUUGUGGUCCCUAUGAAGUCCAUCUUGUGGUAGUGGAGACAUUGGGAGGGAGGGACCAGCGCUGGCGCUGUGUGGAAGCUCCACCUCCCCUCGCACCGCCGUUGUCUUCUCCAUUGCCUCUGCCAAUGCAAACCCACUGCGAAAUUUAACCUGUGUGUGUUAUAUAGCGUUCAAUUUUUACUGAGUUUUUCUUAUUUUCCUGUUUUUGUGUUUUGUUUUUAUUUUUAUGUGGGUCGGAGGGAUCGUGAGUGAGUGAGUGAGCUUGUGUGGUUUGGUUUCCGGAGGUUGUUUGUUUGUUUGUUUGUUUCGUUUCAGAGGGUGUAGUUUUUGUGGGUGAAGAGGAGUUAGGGUUUGUUAGAGAGAGAGAGAGAGAGAGAGAGAGAGAUUUUUGUCGCGGUUUGUUUUUUGAGGUUUGGCUUUGGGAGUUUACACAGCAUGGGGUGGUUUUGGACGCUCGUGGCGAGGUCGAAUGCUGUGGCAGGGCCAAUUGUGAUGCUGUUGUAUCCGUUGUAUGCGUCGGUGAUGGCUAUCGAGAGCCCGUUCAAGGAGGAUGACCAGCAAUGGCUCACGUAUUGGGUGCUCUACUCGUUUGUGUCUCUGUUGGAAAUGGCCGCUGCGCCCGUGUUUGCGUGGAUCCCUUUGUAUUCUACCAUCAAGCUGGCUAUCGCUGCAUGGCUGGUGUUGCCUCAGUUCCGCGGUGGUGUUAUCUUGUAUGAGAAGUUUGUGAAGCCUCACUUCUAUGCUGCGCUUGGGGGUUCAGCCGACAGUUCAAGCCUCUCCAGCGGGCAACGGAAGUGGCUUGGUAGCAUCAAACCGGAAACGCGCACUGCAAUUGCCAAGUAUGUCCAAGUGAAAGGGCCUGAGGCUUUCGAGAAGCUUGUGAACUCGGAGCUUGUCAAGUCUAUAUCGCAAAAACCACGGGUUGAAGAGAACCCACACACCGAGUAAAAAUGGUACUGCCGUGGGUAGCGUCACUUUCUGUAAGACACGGUGCUUGCAAAGUUUGUAAACUGUGAUAGCCAUUGUUGCCAUGCUUUGUAGAUACGGAUGGGUCUUAAUGGAAACCUACUACUAUCAAGAUCGCUCUGGUGUUGUGUUAUCUUAUUAGAUUUCCUGCUUGUCGAACCCUCCAGCGCCAGUGCAACUUACGUUUGACUGCAGUGCUGAGGUUUUGGUAUAAAUUAUUGUAAUAAAGCUUGGAUGUUGUACAUAGUUA